GAUAAAAUACUCUCCCAGAAAUACAAAAUAAGGCUUCUUUCCUCUUUUGCAAAGGAAACAUCACACAACACAACACAAGACCUUUGUUUUUCUUCUUCUUCUUCUUCUUCUUCUUCCUUACGUCUUUGAUGUUUUCCAUCAAUUCGUUUCCUUUCACGCAAAAUGCAAUCUCUGUCUAACUGAUAGUCAUACCCAUUUAUCCAAAAAAAAACCAUUUUCCUUUGCUUAAUGUUUUUUUCAUCUCCAACUAUAUGGGGGCUCAGAAGAGCAUCCAUGCAGGCAAAGCCAAGAUUGAUGUUAAUGUUGAUUUUACCCACAAGAUGUGUGCUUCUAUGAUGCUUCCUUCUUUAAGGAAUACCGGCAGUCCUCUUUCCCUAGUAAUUGGCAGUCUUUGCAUCAAACACCCGAAUUUAUUCGGUGGAAGCGAGAAGCUUGAUGUAUCCUGGGAUAAGGGGUUAUAUGAUUCGAAUAUCUUGGUAGCUUAUCGGAGGCCUCGACCGCAAUGGGUUGCUCAACAAUGUUUUACCAUGCAGCACUUACUUUCACCUGAGAUUGGAGUCCAUGGUGUACCUGUGGACAAUUUUUCUCGUUCAGGGAGUGGAGGCGUGAAUUUGUCUCGACUGUCAGUUGGAUUGGAUCUAAAUGAACCUGCAAGUUAUAAAUGGAGCAGUACAACAAGCAUUAAAUUUGAGAAUGUUCGCCUGUUGAGUGAUGAUGGCCGCUCCAUUACCAGAGAUCUCGACGGGUUUCCCGUCACUUGCAGUGGAAAUGCUCAUGACAGUAUGGUAGUCUUAAAGCAAGAAUCUCAAUAUGCGAAGGCAACCGAUCGCAGUUUUUAUCGUUUUACCAUGCAAAUAGAGCAAGGGAUUCCAGUUCUAUCUAAGUGGUUAAUCUUCAACCGUUUCAAGUUUGUUGCGUCAAAGGGCAUCAAACUUGGACCAGCUUUUCUCUUGACAAGCUUGACAGGUGGUUCGAUUGUAGGAGAUAUGGCUCCAUAUCAAGCGUUUGCAAUUGGCGGUCUAGGUAGCGUGCGAGGGUAUGGUGAAGGGGCUGUUGGAUCUGGAAGAUCAUGUUUGGUUGCUAAUACUGAAGUGACAAUUCCUUUUAACAAGAUGUUGGAAGGUUCUGUUUUCCUGGACUGUGGAACUGAUUUGGGCUCGGGUCGUCUUGUACCUGGAAAUCCAGCAUUGAGACAAGGGAAACCAGGAUCUGGAGUUGGCUUCGGAUACGGUCUUCGGUUCAAGUCUCCACUUGGUCAUUUUCAGGUUGAUUAUGCCAUCAAUGCCUUCCAACAGAAGACCCUAUACUUUGGCGUCACAAAUCUUGCUUCUUGAAUUGCUUAGAACCAUAUACAAGCUGCCAAAUUCUUGCUCAUUGUUUCGAGAAAAGGAUAAUUUCAAGGAGAAAAUGAGAAGAAUUUGAAAGGGUUGGGUUAUGCACUGAGGCUGGUGCUGGGGUUGUGCCCGUCACCGUCUACAUAUUGAUCAUCUUCGAUCACCGACACAGUUUGCCAUUCAUGGAAAAACAAUGUUUAAAGCCUAGGUCCUUUCACAUUGUACUUGCAAAUUCUUAAGGAAAAGAUUAUAUAACGCCAUUGAUUGUUAUGGUAGAGGGUUUACACUUAGGAACAAAGGAAUUAAAGGGUGUAGAGGUAGAAAUUCUUUGCACAAAAAGAACCUGGUCAUGUAUCCUUAGCUCGUACUUACUCGGUAAUAUCUUUUUCCAAAUCUGAA